CGGCAACCGUGUUCAGUACCAUCAAGUUCACUUUAUGCAGACGAGUCUUGAAUGCAUCUGAGCUCGGCAUCACAACCUGUCGCUAUCCUUUUCACUUAUACCAUUCCAUUCAGGUGCAGCUGAGGGACAUCCCAUUCUCUAUUCCAAUGUCCUGAACCUCCUGAGAAUCAAUCUCUCACGGCUUUCGAUCUAGCUUCAAGAUGACGAAGUUCCAAGUAUACAUUCUGACCUCUAUUGCAGCCGCGAUCGGCGUCAUCGGUCGAGCCUUUAUAGCAAGGCCAAAUUUCUGGUCAGCAACCAUAUUGCUGGCAUCAAGCAAUGGCUCCCUUAUCGUCCUUACCAAUGUCGCUCUCAUUCUGACCGGCGGCAUCGUCUAUACGCUCCAGAGACUCCUGUACGGACCUUUACGACCGAUCGAGGUGGAGCAGCUAUGGGAAAGAGGAUGGAUGGCUGUUACGGAGACGCUGCUUUCCUUGACCAUAUUCCGAGAAGACAUAGGAUCCCAAUUCUUCGCAAUGUUCCUGGCUCUGAUGGCGGGAAAGAUCUGGUGUUGGAUCGGAGAGGGUCGAGUCGAGUUUCUGGAACAGCAACCUCCGGCAAACCCUCUCCUGUUCCACGCGAGACUGACUGGCUCCCUGGUCCUUUCGGUGUUCUUCGAUUGCUUUAUGCUAGGCUGGUGUCUGCAGGUCGUUCUGCGACAAGCACGUCCGGGAAUGAUGGUUAUGUACGGCUUUGAAUUCACCCUUCUGAGCAUACAGUCCCUCUCGCUUCUUCUGAGGUAUGCUCUGAAUGUAGCGCAGAUAGUUAUUACCAAGAGGCAGACAGCUGUGGCUAUUGAGGUGGCACGAGCUGAAGCAGAGGCAGCUCGUGCGGAAUCUCGGGCAGCACACAUUGCGCGUGGCGGAACAGUGCAAGUGGGAGGAUCAGCAGAUGACCCGGUUGAGAUUGAUGAGCACGAUAUCGAUGUGCCUGGUUGGGAAGAGAAAGGGCGAUGGGUAUUCUAUCUUGAUUUGGUGACUGAUUUUAUCAAAUCGCUCGUAUACUGCAGCUUCUUUGUCAUUCUCCUCGUCUUCCAUGGUCUUCCCAUCCAUAUCAUGAGAGACCUAUACAUCACCGUGCGGUCGUUUUGCAAACGUAUAAUGGAUUUCGUGCAAUACCGACAAGCAACCAAGAACAUGAAUGAGCAAUACGCAGACGCAACUGUCGCGGAUCUCCAGAGCGACAACACCUGCAUUAUCUGCAGGGAAGAGAUGUCGGCUUGGGCUCCACAGCAAGGUGAUGGACGAGGCGCUCGUGCCAUGGAUGAGAGGCAGAGAGCUAAGAAGCUGCCAUGCGGUCAUAUACUCCAUUUCAAUUGCCUCCGGAGUUGGUUGGAGCGGCAGCGCGUGUGCCCUACCUGUAGGCGUCCAGUUCUAGCAGACAGCCGUACUGCCAACCGUGGUGGACCUCAAGGCGGACGAGAUCAACAAGGACGAUUUCAACAAAACAACAAUCGACAGCCCGGUGCGGGAGGAGCCAAUGCUCCACCACGUAACAGGAAUGGUGUGCCGCCGCCCGCUCAACCGGCUGGAAAUCGGGGUAUGGGCCAGCAGAACGCAAACCAAGAUCGGAACCAGAACCAAAUCCCGCAAAGACCAGCAAACAUGAGAGUCUUUAACUUUGGACCAUUCCGGCUUGCUAUAGGGGCAGGCCCGUUGAACCAAGCCAACGAGCUACUAAACAACAUGGCCCGGGCUGAACCGGACAACCAGCAGCAACCAGCCCAGGAACCUGCCGAAGCUGACAACAUUGAAGGGCUGAUACAACAGUCACAGGCGCUUCGUGCCCAGCUACUUGAAACGAUUAGGCGUAUGCAAGCUCAACACAGCGAACUGAAUAUAAUGCAGCAUAUGGCGAGGGAGUUGAGAAGGAUUGAUGAUCGGCCCAGGGGGCCUCAGGUACCACCAUUAGAACAGUACGGACCUCAGCCAGGCAAUCCCCCUAUGGCAGGACAGCAUCCGAAUCUACCGGCUGGCAUGGUGCUUCCGCCAGGCUAUACAGCGCAAAGAUUGUUUCCGGUCCAACAGCCGCCCCAGGUUCCGAGCUUGCAGAUCCCAUCUACCAGUAUCCGGACUGACGGACAGGUUCUACCGUCUCCCAGCAUCCAGAACCAGGAGAGCGCCAGGGCAUUUCCGGCGCCUGCACAAGCAUCCAGCCCAUCAGGAUCACAGCCGCCAACGUCGAUGCAGCAAAUGCAACCAGCGUCAUGGCAGCAGCAGCAGCAGCAGCAACAGCAGCAACAGCAGCAAAUGGCACCGACUUGGAUGCAGCAAACGCCCACGACGACUAUGCAGCAGCAACAGCAGAUGCCACCAGCGGCUAUGCAGCAAAUGGCACCGACCUGGAUGCAGCAAAUGCCCCCAACGGCCAUGCAGCACAUGCCACCAACGGCCAUGCAGCAAAUGCCUCUAACGGGUAUGCAACAAAUGCCACCAACGUUCAUGCAGCAGCCUUUACCACCAACGCCAGUACAGCAGCAUAUACCACAAACGGCUAUGCCGCAAGUUCCUCCAACGUCAAUGCAGCAAAGGCCGCCAACAUCAAUGCAGCCAAGGGGGAGUGGACAAGGUGUGCUGCGGACAUCACAGCCUCGAACCUGGAGCUUCAAGCACAACAGCCCCCAACCGACCAGUACGACCACGAGUCCCACGGCUCAGACACCACAGACUGGGGAGUCGUCGACGAAUACAGCGCAGCAGAGGAAUCCGCACGCGGCAUCGGUAGAGGAUGCGGACGCAGAUCCCACGGCAUCGUGAGGGGUGGAGUGUCUUGGCGUUGGCAUGCAUAGCGAGGCGUUUACGAGAGCGGUGGACGGCAAGGUUACGGCUUGGUAGAGUGCAUAGACGAUGAAUAAAGGGCUUGUUAUAUCUGUCUGAGUGAACUGUGCCGAUGUCAUACGUGAUGUCUGGGUGUCUCUUGCGUGAAUCCAAGCCUGGCCACUUAUUCACAACUGACGGCAGUCUCGUCGAAGGUCCGGAAUGGAAGGGGGACUGGAUCGAAAGGGGAUGGAUAGAUACGGGGCGACGGUGCAGUGCAAUAGGACAACGUACUGUACUGCAGUAGAUAGCGUGUCGCCGUGGAACGUGGGGACUGGGAAACGUGGAAGAACUACUACUACACAGAUCGUCCAUCCGUCCAUGC